CUUAAGAUUUUUUUAUCUGUGACAAAAUGGCGGUAUUUCGUUGAGGCGAGCUUGUGUUUCUUGUUUGUUAUGUGAAAUCGCAAUCAUGUCGGAAGUAAAGAAUGAAAUAGCGACUUAUUUCGGGAGAUGCAAGUGUUGUCUCUCCUAUGGAUACCUUAAGAACAUGUGGACUGAACACCAAUUUGAGGGAGAAUCGGAAGUAUACGGCGAAAUGCUUGUCGACUGUUUUGCUCUCACUUGGGACAGUUCCGAGUCCAUCGAUCAAGACCAGAUAUGCGAGCAGUGUGUCAACAGGUUGCGGGACGCGUGCGACUUCAAGAAGAUCGUCCUCACCUCGCAGGAGGAUUUCUACCGGCAGUUAGGAGAUGGUGAUGAUAAAGACACAAUACCAAAACUCGAAGACUGCGACGAGGAGUACCUCAUGGUGUAUAAAGAGGCGGAUAGCGACACCGCUGACACAGCUGACACCGACACAGCUGACAUGGACGUCAGUGUCAACGACGCCAGCGCGUGCGAUGAAGAAUACGAGGAUGUUGAAUACCUGGAGGACGAGGUUGGUGGAGACGCUAAGGAGGCUUUAGUUGCAACUUCAUCAACGCAAGCUCAAAAACCGAAACGACGUCGCAAGGCCGACACUCCAACAGACUCAGACGACGGCGUUAAAAGAAAAUGGCCGAAACGUCUCCCCAAGAACGAGAGAUUCAAAACGUACAAGCAAUACACGGAGGAGAAUCUAAGACAGUGCUUGGAGGCCGUACGAAGUGGAGAAAUAACACCGAACGAUGCAGCAAGAAAGUAUAAUAUACCGAAGAAGACGAUUUGUGCGAAAAUGAGGCUGGAACCGACAGAUGCACUGGGAACUAAAAAUACUACGGAGACUUCACUGCAUCAGCUACAAAACAAUGAAAGGACUAUACUGAAAAAAUAUAAAGAUAAUGUGCGUUUAAUUAUAACGAAUUCUAACGCUACCCCGAUUAAAGGGCGCUGGGGAAUCGGCUACGGCUGUCUCUACUGCGAAUACCAUACUCAAAUACCAGCAGAAUUAAAAGAACACACGACAAAAAUACACAAAAACGACACAGGAAAAAAUAAAGUUAAAUCCGUAGCAGAUAUGAUUAUAAAAUUAGAUAUAACUGACUUAAAAUGCAAGCUUUGUGCCAAAGAAAUAAACAAUCUCCAAGAUUUUAUGCAGCAUCUACAUCUAAUACACAAAUUACCAAUCAAUUUUGAUAUUAACAACCAUAUAGUGCCCUUCAAGUUUAAAACAGAACAACUGCUAUGUGCGUUAUGCGACAAACCGUUCAGUCAUUUCAAACAUUUAACCGAACACAUGACUGAUCAUUACCCCAACUACAAAUGCGAUGAAUGUUCAAGACAGUUCAUAAAUCUGCGAUCGCAGAAGAUACAUUCGUUUCGACAUCGCAUAGGGACAUUCAAAUGCAUGCACUGUCCAAAAAUCUUCAACACACGAAUCAAAGUUAAGGAGCACGAAAGAGUUAUACACCAAAACGGUUCGAAAACACGAAAAUGUGGGUAUUGUGACGAAAAAUUCAUGGAUUCCGUACAGAGAACGAAUCAUGAGGUCAAAGUCCACGGAAUUCAAAUGCCGAAGUUUGAAUGCAAAGCGUGUGGCAAAAGUUUCGAUAGUCAACGAUCUUUGAAUAACCAUGUCAACCAUUUUCAUUUGUUGCUAAGGCCUCAUAUUUGCCCGGAAUGCGGUAAAGGUUUUUAUAAGAAGAAUGAAUUGAAGAGGCAUUCAGUCAAACACACUGGUUUGAGAGAGUUUCAGUGCAAAGUUUGUUUCAAAUGGUACGGGUCGAAGAGAUCUUUAACGGCACACUCCAAGUUGCACGAAGAUAGAAUUGUUUUAGCUUGUGAGUAUUGUCCGAAAACGUUUAAGAAUAAGAACGGAUUGGUUCACCAUAUUAGGAGUCAACAUGGUAAUAUAUAUUAAAAGGAAUAGUCAAUUCUCUUGAGAAUAUAAUGAUGCAGAACCAUUGUGGAUCCUGUCGGGCACAGCGAAUAAUUAGGAGAGAGGAAGCAGUAAUGACACUACCAACCUUAUAUUUAAUAGUACACAUAUUAAAUCUUGAUUUUAUCUUUGUAUGUAUUAAGUAAAUACAUAUAUUGUAAUAUGAUCUGGUGAAAAAUUAUGCUGUUUUGGAAACGUGACAGUGCAAGCUGUGUUACUGCAAUCAACUUUUAAGAUAUGUCGAAAGGGCAUCAGGUGGUGAGAGACGCGCUAGAUCGAAACGGAUGGAGGUUGCCUUGAUGUUGACCACGACCCUCACAUAUGAAGGACUCCAGCCAGAGUCGCGCAGAGCAUGAAAUCAAAAAAAUCAAAAGCAAAAGUUUUUAUUUCAAAUAGUCC